AUGGUUUCACUUGACCGUAACCUCGCUAUGAAACGCACGCAGCUGAAAAGUGUUCCUGCACGCCUGAAGAGGGUCACACGUGACUUCGUACAUACCACAGUAACAGACUAUUUAAACCGAAGUCAACUGUACAGCAGCGAGCAGAUCACUACAUGUUCACAGUGAGACCAAGGCAGGACCACAGUGAUAAACUUAAGAAAGGAGUUACCACAAGCCAUUCUCUACAGUUCCUUGAAGUGGUUCUAUCUAAGCAAGCUCAAUGCUGACAAUGGAAGGAGCUAAUGUCACAGAACCUAUUCCUACGAAAACCCCUGAACCACACGGCGCGGUCAACGUCAAGGAAGGGGGCAACGAGUACCUGUACAUACUUAUCGUGAUGUCCUUCUACGGGAUCUUCCUACUGGGUAUCAUGCUGGGCUACGUGAGGUCUAAGAAGAGGGAGAAGAAAUCCAACGUAUUCUUAUUGUACGAAGAGGAGGAGAGGGAAUGGGGAGGCGUGGUGAAGAAGCACAGUCUGCCUUACAUUUCAGGUCUCAGAGCUGUCCAGGUGUCGCUGCCCUUCAGUGCCCUGUCGGAGAGCAGGGUCCCCGCGGCGUUCGCCUGCGCUCUAUGUUCCAUGGAAGAAAUUAGCGUGAGUUCGGUGUGCUCGUCCGCGGAUAUCCCCUUAGCCAUCGAGGAAGAAUCUGACAGCGAGAACAGAGAAGGCUCCGGCGCGCUUCUUAAAGAGAACUCUGAAAACAGCGAAGGUUCAUCACAAGUCAUCAAUGAAACGGCCAGCUAGCACAGCACCUAUACAUUAGCAUCAUCAUCAUCAUCAUCAUCAUCAUCAUCAUCAUCAUAAUAAUACAUUGAGAAAAAAAAGUCAAAAUAUUACUUGGUUUCCAUUUCUACCUGUGAGUUUGAAACAUUCAUGGCUUCUUUUUGGUGGAAAUAUAUAAUUAAACUCUUGCACAGAUCAGUGAUUCAAGCAAAGUUAUAGAGACUACAUUUAUUUCGUUAUUUGUAUUGCUAGAGUUGUUGCAAUUAGCCUGGAAUGACUUGAAAAAAACAAUCUAAAACUUCAAACAGUUUGUUGCCAUUUCUAUGCUGUAGUAAUAUUCAUUAAUCUCAUGUUGUAGAUUUAUUGGUUCCUGUUAUAUUGUGUAAAUACUGUAAAAUGAUGAUCUGUAUAUAAUUAUUCAGACUUUUGUAUUUAAAUGUUGUGUUGUGUUCACUUUUUUAAUAAGUGAAAUAAAAGUCUUAAAAAAACGUAUACAGGAUAUAAUGUU